ACUCCUCUCGCACCUACCGGGACUGUACCCAUCACCCUCACACUCCAACGCCGACCGACUUUCAUCAUCAGAACCUCCUCGCCUCACCUCACCUCACCUCACCUCACCUUCUCUAAACGACCUCACCUCACCCUAACCUUGAACCCUUCCAUCUCCCAUAUUCCUCCACCUCAGAUUAGGGUAGCUUUUCCAUCUCUCAGUGCCCCCGGCCACGAACAACCAUCGUCUUCAACCACCCCACUGCCCGCCCACGCCUACUCAUCCACGCCAGCAGCUGAAGCAACCGCAACACUCUCCCCCCUACUGAUACCUUGUUCGGCCUCUUAGGCUCACCUUCUAAUCCGCUUUAGCCGCCUUAUUUCUUCCUCCGGUCCGGUGCACUAACGACGGAUUCUUUUUUCUUUCUCUUCAUACCGUGCUCGGGUCCAUUCACCUGGGAGCUCGGUUGGUUCACUUCGAAGCUUCCUACUUAUCCAUUCUAUAACUCUCUGCGAGCAGUUUGCCUUCUUCCAGCCCUGUUCUCUUAGUUCGCUUCCUAUACUCUAGCUAUGCGAGAAGUAAACUUUAGUAUUCCCAAUGUCAACAAGGCUUCUGUCAGUAUUACCACGGCUCUAUACGACCGACGCGCAUUAGACUGCACGUCGACAUUACCUCUUAUAAAUUCUCUGAACCAUUUGGCAUACCUCACUACAUCUUCAGCUCGCAUCAGGGAUAUCCUUACGGUUGAUGGCGGUGUGGAACGGCUUGUUUGCAUCCUGAAGGCGGGGAGGAGUAAGGAUUUGAUGAGCAUGUGGAAAUGGAACCUGGCCUUCCAAUGCGUAGUGAAUAUCGGUGUCCGGGGGUCGGAGAAUGUACGAACGAGAGUGGUGGAGGCCGAUAUGGUUCCGGUGAUUGCGACAAUAUUAGACAACUACGUUCAGGUUAUCGACAAAUUACAGUCAAAGGCCGAGGCCGCAAGUGCAAAAAAGUCGGUUUCAGGCAACAGCACUAGGUCGAGGGAAAACAAGAUUCACUCUUCUUUUUACGAGAGAAACGAUAGGUCAAGUGGUGGUGAGCGAAGUUUUCGUAGACAGGCGCCUCCACCGUCGAUCGAAAUUCCGGCUCCUAUUUCUCAACACCGUGUAGAAACUCGAGGGGAAUCGAUCUCCGCUAAUCCACGACACACUUUGCCGGUUCCUGGCCCCUCGGAGAGAGUGGCUUAUGCUCGCCAGUCACACAAUCAUGGCCGAGCACAUGAUGCUCGCCAUCAUUUCCAUACUUACCAUUCUGGUACCCAGGCACGUGAUCAAGGUGGAUUGCAGCCUUUGGCUGCGGCGCUUCCUGCCAUAGAUAUGGGUGUUGGCGCUUUUGGUCUAAGGCCGGUUCGUGAUGUUGAUCGAUUGCCCUCUAUGCUACAGGCCGGUGGGCCUUCACAGCCAGAGUCGCCAACCACACCCAAUCCACCCCCUCCCGCGUCUUCUCAUAGAGCAUCACGUCGUGGCAGUAGGCCAUCUAUUCGUCAUCAGCGCUCUAUUUCGGGAGAAUCCGAUGACGCCGGUUCGGAUGAAAACUCGGUCCCUUCUGGGGGUAUGGGUAGUGGGAAUGAGCCAAUUGUUGGUAUACAGACUGGAGAAGAUGGCCGUGAGCCGAUUAUUGACUCUGUGGAUACCCCCAUGGCAAUUACCGGUCCCCAUGGUACAGAUGGUCAGGACGCUGAAACAUUUAAUAUCACACACCGAUCUCCUAUAGAUGGUAGCAUUAUUAGCCCAACCGCCAAUGCUAGCCCAGCAAUCGGUUUCUCACCUAACCCCCCAACCGUUAACCCAGCUUUGGCUAUUCCCUCCUCCUUUCAGAUUCCCACUCGAUACCUUGCUGAUAACUCAUCUGUUGUCCUACCUUCAAUGCCCCAACCCGAGGAUGUCUUGAUGUCACUGCAACUAUUAGCUUAUGUUUCAAAGUACUGCAAUUUGCGUUCAUACUUCCAGAAGUCCCAUUUGGUACCAAAACUUUCUAUAGGUCGCGAAAUCCACCUACUCGACGAUGACCCGAAUAUCUUUGGCGCUAAAUCUCAACCAAUUCCGCUCACCGAGGAGGAGGAGGAGGAGUAUCUCUUGCCCGAUGACUAUAACAUUUUCCCACUUGUCGAGAAGUUCACCGUCCGUCACCAUGCCCCUGACAUGCAAUAUUGGGCCGGAGUCGACGACUCUCGAGGAGGAAUCCGGCAGUGCGCUUAUUACGAGUGUGGCAAGGGGGAGGAAUACACCCGACAAUUUGCAAAGUGCCGGAGGUGCAGACGCACAAAGUACUGCAGCAAAGAGUGUCAGAAGAGUGCUUGGGUCUACCACAGGCACUGGUGUGUCGCGGCGCAGCAGUAGCAAGACUGCAUUUAAAAUCAAAAAAAAUCAAUCUUCGUUUAUACAUGCAGGACGACCUGUUAAAAUCAGCUUUUCUUCCCUUUCCUCUUAUCAUAUUUUGCUUUCUCGGCGGUCAUGGAGUUCUUAUUGUUCUUAGUUCCGGAUCGUGUCUUCCUAACGUUUUUCAUUUUCCUUUCUAGUGAUUAGUUUUAAAAUUAUUCUUGGGCUUGGAGAAAAGGUGUAAAUUGCACAUUGUGUUUAUUUUUUCCUUCUACCUUUAUAUCUUGGUUGCAUUGGCUUGAGAUUUCUCUUUUCUCCUACUACUUUCUCCCUUUAUUAUUCAUUCGGAUUAUUCAGGAUGCGAGCUUUAUUUCGUGCGGGUUAAAGCUUAUGUUAAUUGAUUGGCACAAUGGCGAAAACAAGAGCGGGAAGGGGAAGGGGAAAACGAGAAAGAACCUAUCCCUCCCAAUACGUUUUUUUUCUUUCCCUCUCUCCCUUUUCCUUAUCGUACUCUGUUUCUUCCUUUCUCCGAUAUCCCUUGUUAUUGGCACACCCCCCUCUGACUACUCUCGUUUCCCCCGUUUUCUUAGCAUUCAUGUCAUCAUUAUCAUUCAUACCCGGUCACUCACGAACAUUUCCUUUGUAACAACCUCCCCUCUUCUAGCAAAACGUAUCGAAGUUAGCAUGGCAGUAUAGUUUUACAAAAAAAGUUUGGCGGGGUCCGCGGUCAACUUUUUUUUUUUUUUCAUUGAGUCAUUGAAUUUGUUUUCUACUUUUGUUUCUCGCAUGGACUAGUGGAUGGAGCCGGUGGUUUUUUCUUAGCUUUGGUUGUUAUAUAAUUUUACAGAAGGGGAGGGUGGGAGGAACGGGGAAAGGGUCUAGAUGAGCCCUUGAGCAGCAGAGCGAGCGAAUGAUAUAGUAGGGAAAUAAAUAGAGGUCUCUUUCCUUUGG